GUUUGCUUUGUUUUUGUUUGUUUGGUUGGUUUUGAACGCCUCAUUAGACUCUUAUUUUGAAAUGCACACAUGCAGGCCGCCAUUUUUAAAACACAGACGCAUAUAUUAAGCCUCGGCUUGCCGGUGUAUUUAGAUUCCCAGCGCGUCCAUUGUGUGCUUUUGUCUCAUUCAAGCCCGGAGUCUGGAUCUUUUUCUCCUUCUGUUGUUGUUGUUUUUUUUGUUUUCUUCCAGAGGAUCAUUCGGACACGAAGCUGAGCCGCAGAUGUGCGCGAGCGCGGUGCGGGUUUGCUCGGUGCGGGGAUGCUGAGCGGGGCUCGAGACCUGCUUAUCUUCUUCAUUUUCAUCAUCAUCACCCGUGCUGUGGAUUUGAGAGGGAUUUAUCUCGCUCGGGGCGCAGGGACGGGGACAGGGGCAGAGCAGUGCGCUUGAGCUGGGGAAGGAAAAACAACAACCAGGUUGAAUUGACAGAUCAACCUCCUGGAGCGACUGCGGUGCCAGGCAUCAGGAGAAUAGUACCAAGUACCUAAGCAUUUUUUUUCAGUGACUGAAUGCUUGGAAGGACUUUUAUUUCAACCAGGUUCAGUAGCAGGAUGCGGCAGUGAACCCUCUCGUCUGCUCGUGAUGGUGAGGAUAUUUGGGGGCCCGCCCUGUGUGGGCCAGACCAGCUGCUACAACAACUCCAAAGAUUACUGCUACUCGGCUCGGAUCCGCAGCACCGUGCUGCAGGGCCUGCCUUUCGGAGGAGUGCCCACCGUGCUCGCUCUCGACUUCAUGUGCUUCCUGGUACUUCUCUUUGUCUUCUCCAUCUUGCGGAAGCUGGCGUGGGAUUAUGGCAGGCUGGCUCUCGUGACCGACGCCGACAGACAGAAGAAGAGAUUCAACGGAACAGAAGAGCGGGAAUACGUGGCUUCGGCGUUGCAUUCAGAAACUCCGGAUCGUUACGAGCGCCUCACUUCCGUCUCCAGUUCCGUGGAUUUCGAACAGCGAGACAACGGGUUCUGCUCUUGGUUGACGGCCAUCUUUCGAAUAAAGGACGAGGAGAUCCGAGAGAAGUGUGGCGAGGAUGCCGUGCACUACCUCUCCUUCCAGCGGCACAUCAUCGGGCUGCUGGUGGUGGUGGGCGUGCUGUCUGUGGGCAUCGUCCUGCCUGUUAACUUCUCCGGAGACCUGCUGGAAAACAAUGCAUACAGCUUCGGCCGCACCACGAUCGCGAACCUGAAUUCGGGGAACAACUUGCUGUGGUUGCACACAUCUUUUGCGUUCCUGUACCUCCUCCUGACCGUCUACAGCAUGAGACGCCACACCUCGAAGAUGCACUACAAGGAGGACGACCUGGUGAAACGCACAUUAUUUAUAAACGGCAUCUCGAAAUACGCAGAGGAGGUCCAGAUCAAACAGCACUUUGAGCAAGCCUACGAGAACUGUGUCGUGCUGGAAGCGCGCAUCUGCUACAACGUGGCCAAACUCAUGGCUCUCAACGCCGAGAGGAAGAAGACUGAGCGUAGUAAGAAGUUCUUCACAGAUUUGCAGGCAAAGGAACACAUGCCCACCAUGAUCAACCCCAAACCCUGCGGCCACUUGUGCUGUUGUGCCAUUACAGGCUGUGAAGAGGAGGAAGCAGUGAGCUACUACACGAAGCUGGAAGCGAAACUUAAGGAGGAGUACCGGAAGGAGAAGGAGAAGGUCAACACCAAACCUCUGGGCAUGGCUUUCGUCACCUUCCAAAAUGAGGCCAUGACUGCAAUAAUCCUGAAGGACUUUAACGCGUGUCAGUGUCAGGGCUGUGUGUGUCACCAGGAGCCACGUUCUUCUCAGUUCAGCGAGAGUCUUCACAUCUAUAACUGGAGCGUGACCUACGCUCCCGACCCCCAGAAUGUGCGCUGGGAGCAUUUGUCUCUGGGAGGCGUUUCGUGGUGGAUCCGCUGCUUAAUCAUUAACUGCAUCCUCUUCCUAUUGCUCUUCUUCCUCACAACCCCGGCCAUCAUCAUUUCCACCAUGGACAAGUUUAACGUUACCAAGCCAGUGGAGUAUCUCAAUAAUCCCAUCAUCACCCAGUUUUUCCCCACUCUCCUGCUGUGGGCUUUCUCUGCUCUCCUCCCCACCAUCGUCUACUACUCAGCAUUUUUCGAGGCCCACUGGACCCGGUCGGGAGAAAACCGGACCACCAUGCAUAAAUGCUACACGUUUCUCAUCUUCAUGGUCCUUUUGCUGCCAUCUCUGGGCCUCAGCAGUCUGGAUGUGUUUUUCCGCUGGCUGUUCGACACACAGUUCCUAGCCUUUGCCGCGGUCCGAUUUGAGUGCGUCUUCCUCCCUGAUAACGGAGCGUUUUUUGUGAACUACGUGAUCGCGUCUGCGUUCAUCGGGAACGCGAUGGAUCUGCUUCGCAUUCCGGGUCUUCUUAUGUACAUGAUCCGUCUGUGCCUGGCUCGAUCUGCUGCUGAGAGACGCAAUGUCAAACGGCACCAGGCCUAUGAGUUUCAGUUCGGUGCAGCCUACGCCUGGAUGAUGUGCGUCUUCACUGUCGUCAUGACGUACAGCAUCACCUGCCCAAUCAUCGUGCCGUUUGGCCUGAUGUACAUGCUGCUAAAGCAUCUAGUGGAUCGCUAUAACAUGUACUACGCCUACCUGCCCUCCAAACUCGACAAGAAGAUCCACUCCGGAGCCGUCAAUCAGGUGGUGGCCGCGCCCAUCCUCUGUCUCUUCUGGCUACUGUUCUUCUCAACUGUACGCACAGGUUUCGUGACGCCGACGUCCAUGUUCACGUUUGUGGUGCUCAUCAUCACCAUCGUGGUUUGUCUGUCGCACGUCUGCUUCGGCCACUUCAAGUAUCUCAGUGCUCACAACUACAAGAUUGACGCUAAGGACACCGAGGUGGACGGCAUGGAGAACGGACGUCCGGCGCGCUCCUCACCCUCCAACAAGUCUCCGCAGCAGAUGUACAUCGCACAGGUUCUGCAGGACCCAAACUGUGACGAGACGGGCGGAGGCAGCGGAGAGGACGACGGCCAGGGAUCCUCGCAGGACGAGGAGAUGAUCAACGGAGGCAACAGCCUGAACGAGGCCGAUUUCCAGUCUGGGGAGGACAGCCUCAUCGCCAACGAGGUCCGCCACUAACGCCAGCACUGAUGGAGAGAAAGAGGGAGAGAGAGAGUGUGAGAGAGAGAGAGAGUGGGGUGAGAUGGAUGGCGUGUAGUGUGGACUGAAGGUGUACCAGAGAUCCAUGCUUAAGCUUUCCACAUGUCUGUGCAAGCUGUGUGUCAUCUCCAUCAUGAGCAGAGCUAAGUGUGUAGGUUCUUGAGGAGUAUGCCGCUUCAAUGUUCACAACUCCUCUCGCCAAAACCACCGCAAUCGAAUCAAGCACCAACAUCAAGCACAAACUGCAUGUAUUGAGCAUACAUUCACACACUACAAGCAUUAUUCCUGAUGUCUGUUUUUGGACUACAUCCAAGUAGACCGUUUACACACUUGGAAUUUGUGUUGUAACAAACUGGUCGUGCAAAAAAAAAAAAAAAAAAAAAAAGGGGGAAAAAAAAAAAAUCAGUAAAUUGUGUGUGAUCAUCUCUAAGGAACGUGUAUUUAUAAUGAUUUUUUUUUUUUUGCUUUUUAUUUAUCGAAUUCAAACUCUCCCUGAGGAGAAAGGAGAAGCCUGUCAAUGCAGCUGAAUGGAAAUCCACAACUAGACACAGAUCUACUACAGUAACUCAUAAGCGGUCGAGCGUCCGUGAAGGGUUUCCAGACACAUCCGCGACACUUGGACACGGAUAAUCCACCUCUGAAGGGGGGAGGGGGGGGGGGGCAGAAUGAAAGAAAAGGAGGAAGAAAAAAAAAGAAAAGAAAAGUCCACUCAUCUCUAGAAGAGGAGCCAGGUCUGUGGAUUUUGUACUACAGUAACUCAUCUCUCUCUAGGACUUGAUCUCCGUCACGACAUCCCACACUUAAAAAAAAAAAUAAAUAAAUAAAAAAAAUUUGUAAAAAAUGUACAAAAAAAAAAAAAAAAAAAAAAUUAAAGUCAUCUAUCCGCUAGUUUAUAGAAGUAGUUCCUCCUGAAGUGGGUUUGCUUGCUCCGUCUGUCUUUCUUUACCCAAGAGAACUGAUUUUAGAUCAUUCCAAAGCACAUGUGCAAUAGAGAAGAGCUCGGAGAGGAGAUCGCAGUGCCAGCCUCCUCAUUCUAAGACUUUAAGUCAAGAAGUCGUCAUCGAUUGACAUUUUUUAAAUUAUUAUUAUUAUUAUUAUUAUUAUUAUUAUUAUAUAAGGUUCUAUCUGGUGGAUAAUGCUAUAAAAGUAAGUAAAGCUCUUAAGGGGUUGAAAUGUUUGAAUUUAUAAAGCUAUUAUCUAAUGGUUUCUAAUAAACAAUCUAAUCAUCUUGAUGGAUAAAUAAAUAAAUAAAUAAGGCAUAAAACACUUGGGGAGGACAUGCCGUUCUGGGAAAGGAUUCAACACCAGGGUGGUUAGUUAGUUAGCUACCACCUCAAAGUUGAUUGUUUUCCUAUAACGGCACAUCUCUAAGUGCGUUCGUCUUAUACCACAGCGAUUUUGUUUGUGGCAGGAGAGCUACAGUAAGUUGGGGGAAUGCAAUUAAAAAUCCAUACAGUAUAGUCAGUCCAUACGUAACAAACUCUCAUGCUAGGUGUUCUUCAGUCACCAGUGAUGCUGGCUAGUUCUGUUUAUUAAUCACAUUGCAUGUAAUGUCUUUAAUGUACUGUUUAUUUCAGAAUGUUUUACUAAAAUGUUCCUUCUCCUCAACAUCUUCGAAACUGCUCUCUUCUCUUCUGUUAGAUAAAGAUUAAUACAUGAUGGAUUUUGAUUGGCCAUGACUGCCUGUUGUGCAUUCAUCCGGGAUGAUGAUGAUGAUGAUGAUGAUGAUGAUGAUUGGCUGGCAGAUAGAUCGUUAUAAAAGUUUAUCUGCAAGGUUUUUUUUUUUAUUUAUUUUUUUCAGGUUUUUAUUUUAUUUAAUUUUUUCAUAUCAUGUGAAGAACUAAUUCAAAUAAAAUGUAAAAAAAAUAACACCACGAGAGAACUCCUUUUCGAGUUCAUAUUUCACCAAAAUCCCAGAUAGAACUUUAUAACGCUGAGCUCACAAUGUGAUGACUUUUUUCUUUUUUGUUUGUUUGUUUGUUUUUGUUUUUUUCAAUCUUGUACAAGAUUGACAUGUUUGUGAUCUCGCAUCUUGGAGUUCAAAAUAUGUGAAGGUUCCUAGAGCAGAAGAAUCCAUUAGGCGCUACAUUGGCAUCUUGAUGAUGCGUUUUUGUUUGUUUGUUUGUUUGUGUUGUAUUUUUGUUUGUCUUGUUUUGAUUUCACCUUAACUACCUUAAUAGAUGUGUUUUUAUAUGUCCUUAAACACACACACACACACACACACUCCAUCACAUUGAGCUGUUCGGGUUUAGUUACGGAGUUGAAGAGCCGCAGUUCCAAAAUGAACCGGAAGAGUUCCGAACCUGUUCGUUUUUGUUUAUUCAUUCAUUUUGUUUUUACUUCCCUCAAAACUAGAGUCCUCCCGAUUUAUUCCUGGUCGUCGAUCACGUGCUCGUGUGUCCGUGUCCGAAAUGGUUGCGAAGCGCUAGCCAAGUGAAGAAUCCCGACUUACUUAUUUAACUCUAAUUGGCAAUUGUGCCACACGACUGGAUUUCACCCAAGAAACUGGGUCAGAACCAUUGACUUGCAUCUUCCGGUCUGUUGUGAAAUUUUCCAAAAUUUCAGAUGGUGCACAGAUUAAAAUCUAAACGGGUGGAUUAUUGGCCAACUUUUGACCCAGAGCUACUUUUAUUAGUACAAUGUGAAGGAAAUUGAGGAAAUCUGAUGGUACGUCUCCGUACAUGUGGGUCCCUUCUGAUGAAAGCCUUCAUUUAUUUCGCUUUGUGAAUGGGGGGGGGAAUGCAUCGAAAAAUAAACAAGACUUGUCUUUAGCACCAGUAGAUGUGUACGUAGGCUCGGCGAGGUGGGGCGGGGCGGAGGGUUAACCGCCAUUUUUGUAAUGCAGUGCUUGGCGAAGUGCGUUAUAUGAGUGUGCGUUCAUAAACUUUUUACUAAACCUAAAAAGCUUAGAAAAACAGCAACAACCCUGAACUGCAACUCGUCAAAAGUUCUAGUGCCGUGUCAUUUAUUUUGACUUUCGUUUAUAUAGAAUUUUUUUUUUUACUAAUUUAUUUCAAGGUAGUAUUUAUUUUACCGUAAUAUCUCCGUUCUUUUGAAUGAAUUACCCAGAAUAAUGACUUAUCUUAUUAUCGUGACAUUUAUUUAGACUCCUAACUGUUAAAUUGCCGGAAUUCCCAUGCUCAUGGUGCUCAUAUCGGUGUGUACGUAUCGUGUGAAAUGAAUUCCACUAAAGCGAUAUCUGGCUUGCUUACUAUACGAGAAACGGCAUACGGAAUAAGAACACCAACCUGAUGCGUUGAAUAAAUAAGCCUCGGUGCUAGAUUGUGGGGUGUUUUUUUUGAAUAUUAAGUUGAAAUAACGAGUUACUACUCCCAAAACAAUAGUUGAAAUAAUAUUGUGCUUCGAGGGUUUACUCCGUGUACUCUGGUUUCUUCCACCAGUCCAAAGACACGCGUUGUAGGCUGACCGGCAUUUCCAAACCCCGUCCAGGGCGUCCCCCAUCUCGUCCCCCAUCUCGUGCCACGACUCCCCGCGACCCUGUAUUGGAAAAAUGGUCAAUAAAAUUAGAGUUCUGUCAAAAUAACAUGAUGUUCUCCUACUUUUAUUUCAGGAACAUGCAAUAUUGUAAGCAGAACUGGAUACAGCAGAUAACUGGUGGUACUAUCUCAGUGCAGUGAGGUUGAGGAACUUUUUGAACAGUCUCAGGUGUUCUUUAUUUACUACACAAUGUUUACAUCUGUCGUGUUUUUUUUUUUUUUUUUUAUUUAAAUUAUUUUUUUUGGUUUGCUGCUUAAUAUUUUGCACGCCCCCGUGUUUUUUUUGUUUUUUGUUUUUUUUUUUCUUUUUCAUUCCCCCCCCAGGCUCCUCACUGGUAGACACAAAAGUAACCUAUGAAAGCUGUAGCUACGCACAUCACCCGAGCCUUAGCCGUGUGUAAAUAUUUUGUCGCCUGUAGAUGUUUUUUUUCUUUCUUUUUACGUCUUUUUCUCCCCACGCCGUCCGGUUGCUGUAGCUACGUGCUGGAGAUACUGAAGCAAAUUUGUGUCCGUCUGUGAAUGCGUUUGGUAAACAAUGCAGCGUGUGUGUGUUUGUUUUUUUUUUUGUACAGGACUGUACUUUGUAACGCACUUCAAGUUGAACUCGUGUGAAGGUCCGUUUGAGUUCACCUCCUGUUUGAACUCUAGGGGUGAAGUCAUGACGAUGGGUUUCUAAAAAUGGAAGCUAAAAAAAAAAAAAGAAAAAAAAAAAGAAAUAGAGGCCUGAGGGUAUUUUUGUAAACACUUGAAGAGAAUAUCGAACACGGUUGAAGUAUUUGAUACCAGUUGUGUAUUAAAGGGGAUGUCGAUAACUAACUAGCUGUGCUCUUGCUUUUUAAUGUCACCACAUGUUGGGGUUUUUUCUUUUUUUCUUUUUUUUUUUUAAACAAUAUAACUAACUGUUUAAGUUACAAAGUAAAUAAUGUCUUUAACAAUAAUUUGGGCAGAAAAAUAUUGUCAGCUAUCCUUUAGUUAAUCAAUACGAAUGAAUGGAUGUGAACUCUGUGAGUGCCUGUGUGUGUGUCCGUACACUUCGGGUUAUGGCACUGUCUUCGUGAUGGUGUCCCAAAGCACAUAUGUACAGUUUGUACACGUCUUGAUUUAAAAUGGUGGGAUCUAAUAGGUUCUGUAUAAACGGGGGGAGUUUGCUUCAUCGUUGCUAGUUUCUACCACUGAUGUAUUAAUAAAAUGAAGCCAGCCACUAGUUUCAUUCGAAGCUGUAGGAUUUGUUUGACUGGGUGAUUUUAUUUAUUUUUUACACUUUUUUUGGUCUGAAUGUCGUCUCCCUGGUGAAGCGUUUGUCACAUAUUUAGUUUGUUGAACAAUAAAACUUGCUAUUCAUUGUGA